AUGGCUUCCGAAAAUACUGAAACGGGACAAAUCACAAGUUUUUUUACUGUUCGUAAACGUCAAACUAGCGAGAAAGGCUGUUGUUCUUUGGACGGGAAAAAAACAAAAGCAUACGGAACGCUGGAUGCCAUUAAUAUUUCCUCCAGUCGACUGGUUCCAUGUCACCGUAUCUUCGACGAUAAAGAAAAUGCGUUGGAAGAUGUAAUAGUACAAGUGGUACCGGAUGCUGUUUCGAAUUCACCGCUUGGAAUUUUUCAAAUGCUUCCACCUGAGUUACUCUAUAUAAUGUUUGAUCGCAUUCCAGUAGUACAGUUAAAGCAGCUUAGUCUUUCGUCCGGUACACUAAAUGCCAAAAUCCGUGAAUACAUCACAAUGGUGAGUGCAUGUCGACGAUUUUUCGCAGAAACGAUCGCAGUAUACGAUGUUGAUUUUGAGAGUGCACAAGAUCCAUUUUAUGCUUGGGGUAUGCUUCUAAAAGCUUGCGCCAUCGCAAUGAGUUUUCACGGCAGCCAUGUCUUCUUGGCAAAAUUCUUCAGCAAGAAUAGAAACGUCGGAAAUUGGAGCGGUUGGGGUCGGUGCUUUAUGGCGGUUCGCGCACGUCUACGAGGUUUCUUUUUAAGCCACUGCGAGAAGAACGAAGAAUGUUAUGGAUUCUGGAAUUCGAUCAUUUUGCGCACUCAAAAGACUAUCGCUCAGCAGGGACAAUUAUUCAUGAUUUUAUUCGGACCUUUAACGCUUGAUGAAGAUAACUGUGAAGUCAUUGACUGGGAGCUCUUAAGCAAUACUACGAUUGAAGAUCGCCGUCUAUGUGAGGAAAUAAUCGAUCCUAUGUCCUUCAGUAUCCACUGUAUGGUCACUAAUGAAAAUUUAAGGGGAUUUGCAUGGAGUGAUUAUCAUAUCUUCAAUUUGAUCGAAGAAAUUACAACAGCUCCACAUCCUUGGACUCUUGACAAUUUUGCUGCACUUUUGGCUCUCCGACCAAAACUUAUUCAUAUUGCACUACAUGCUCGGAUAAUACAUGGUCAUGAAGAAGAAGCAGCGCACCUUUUUCAUGCAAUUAAUUCGGUUUUGCACCAGUGGGGUAUUUUCUCGAGCUCAGCAGUUACCGGUGUACUAUUGAAAACAUUUCGAGCUUUGUCCGAUAUUCGCCGUCGCCUUUUUUUGUCUUCUUUCUUGAGGACUGAAUCAGAGCUACUGAGCGAUGCUCUAAUGAACGAACCUUUCGAUCGCGAUUAUUUUUAUAUGGAAUUGGCUGUUGGACGUGCUGUAUCGCCCCUAGUAACACUGAUGGCGUCAAAUGUGUGA